AUGGAGGAUGUUGAAGCUAAGGUUACACCGAUGGAAGAGAUUAGUGUAGUAAGAGAUUUCCCUGAUGUCUUUUCAGAAGACCUCACACGCGAAGAAGAGCAUGCAGACCAUCUUCGAUUUGUGCUUCAGCGAUUGAGAGAAAAGCAAUUAUAUGCGAAGUUCAACAAGUGUGAGUUCUGGUUGCAACAAGUGGCUUUUCUAGGUCAUUUGGUAUCUAUGAAGGGUAUUGAAGUUGACCCUGGCAAGGUACAGUCGGUAGUUGAUUGGGAGAUACCCAAGAAUGUGGCAGAUAUUCGUAGUUUUCUUGGUCUAGCCGGUUACUAUAGGAGAUUCAUCGAGAACUUUUCAAAAAUCUCUACUCCUAUGACUCGAUUGACCCGAAAGGGAGUAAAAUUCGAAUGGUCGGACAAUGUGAGAAAAACUUCCAAGAUCUGA